AUGGAUGUUAGUCUAAAAGCUCUGAACAAAUUUAAUGUUGUAGAUGGACAUAUGACAGUUGUAACAGCUAUAGCUUUAAAGUGGAAUGACGAACUACUAUCUUGGGACCCACAAACCAAUAAAAACAUCACAGAAUUAAAUCUACCACUUGGCAAAAUCUGGUCACCAAAUCUCUACCUAUUGAAUUGUGCCGAGAAGUUUUUUAUCUACAAAGGGGAUCCAGAUACGAAGGAAGUUGAGUUCUCGAGCAAUGGGGAAGCUCGGUUGUUUUUCAUGGAAGUCUUUACCACAACAUGUACUUCAGACAUAGCAUAUUAUCCUAACGAUAUACACCACUGCAAAAUAUAUUUAUCGACUCUUACUUCUUCUUCAAAACUUAAAAUGGGAUCAGCAAAAGUGGAUACAUUGGAUUUCGAAACUAACGGAGAAUGGAAUCUCGGAAACACAAAAUCUGAGGUACAUUACUUGGAUUCUAAAAACAUAGAGCGUGUGGUGAUUACAAUUAACUUAGAGCGAAAAAUGUUGUUUCACAUGAUAAAUGUCGUAGCUCCGGUUGUCUUUCUGGGUUUUGUUAACGUGAUCGUUUUCAAGCUUCCUGUGGAAAGUGGAGAACGAAUGUCAUUUGCAAUGACUGUUCUUCUGAGCUUUGCUGUCUAUAUGACUUUAGUGGCAGAUAAAAUGCCACAAACGAGUAAUACUACCUCUGUGUUCUGUAUGUACCUUAUGGCUAUGCUGAUAUACAGUACCCUUAUAACAAUUGCUACAACGUUUAGCAUUAACUGCCAUCAUACUAAAACAAACCCUUUGAUGGAAUAUUUUAAAAGAAUUCAGCAAACGUGCAUAAAACUUUCAAAAUUCAGGUCUACAAAAACAAGAGAUGAUAAUGUUGAAGAAAUGAAAUUUCCCUCGCACAAAGAAACUAAGGAGAAAAAUACGUUAGACCAAAAAUUGGAAACCGUUUAUGAAGAUUAUGCAGUGGGGACAAACAAUGUUGACUUUGUCUUCUUUGUCCUUUUUUGGAAAAUGAUGCUCUUUUUAAUAUCUUAUAUAGGUGUCGUUAUUGUUCUUAAAAUUACAGCUGCUCAGUUGAGUUUUCACUCGGUGGAUUCGUGUCCAAAAAACCAAACAGAAUGGGACAAAAGGCGAUUAAUGAAGAACUGCAAAGAGCCAGCACCUGACUACCAUUGCGCUCCCAUUGAGUCAAAUAAGGAACAGCUUGGGGAAAUCUGCUCCAAUCAAGCAUUAACUUUGGAAGGAUUUUGUCCAGUGAUAAAUGCAGUUUCUCAUAAUCUUGAUUUCGUAGAAUGUUCUACUAAUGGAUGCCCACAAAAGCCGUUUGUGUCCACAGAGGUUUACAAAUAUCCCGUAUGCUUUACUAAGAAAUCUCACAGCAAACAACGUCAAAAUAGAUGUGACAG